GAGUGCAUUAGUCCAACAAGCUCCGGCGAUUCUAUCUUCAUAUGUGUGAACCAAUGGAUUAAUUUCAUUCUUUUUGAACUUAGCCAAUCUAAUAACAACCUCUGAACCCGACUUAAGGUUCAAUUUUUUUUUUUUUUUCUGGUCUGAUUCAGUGGUCAAGAAAUUGAAUUUGUAAUUCAUGGUUAGAGAAAGUUCAAAGGCAUUCGUAUUAACCAAUCUAAAAAGUCCAUAGGAAAAUCCAACACAAACCGAACUCCACGUGUCACAAACACAGCCCCGAAAGAUGCAACUAUAGAUUCUGUUAACUUCAUGCUCGCCCCACUCACUUUGAACUUCCUGGUAUAUUGUAAAAACAAGAGCAGUUUCAAAACAUGGUGGCAGGGAUCACCAUUUCUUCUCCAAAAUCCACAAUCUUGCAGAAUCCGAUCUCCUUAAAAGAACCAAAUUCCAGUUUUCCCGGCGGUUCCUUGAAGGGUUUUUCUUUACCAUUUAAACACAGAAAUAAAAUAAGAGAUAACGUUAGUUUGGUGGUUGCUGCAGCAAUUAGUACCCCCUCCAAAACUAGCACCACCAGCACCAGUCGCGGCAGGUUUUAUUUUAACUUUACAGGGUUUCCUUUUCCUCUUGGUCCUUUCCUCAAUAGAAGUACCAUAAGGACUGAGGCUGUGAAAGGUUCCAUAUGGCUAUUCGAACAAGAGCAAGCAUUAGGCUUCAGCAGUGUGUCAACAAACAUUCGAAUGACAGUCAUCAAACUCAAAUCUGGAGGAUUAUGGGUCCAUGCACCUAUUGCUCCAACCAACGAGUGUAUUCAGCUUGUGAAGGAGUUGGAGGCUCCAGUAGAAUACAUUGUCCUGCCUACAUUUGCUUAUGAGCAUAAAAUUUUUGUUGGCCCAUUUUCAAGAAAAUUUCCACGGGCCCAAAUAUGGGUGGCACCAAGGCAAUGGAGUUGGCCAUUGAAUUUGCCACUUGAAUUUUUUGGGAUUUUUCGUGCCAAAACCUUAACAGAUGAAGAUUUGUCUACCCCAUGGGCUGAUGAGAUCGAACAAAAAGUUUUAAGCUCACCAGAAGUUGGAAUUGGACCAUAUGUAGAGGUAGCUUUCUAUCAUAAGCGUUCAAGAACACUGUUGGUAACAGAUGCUGUAAUUUUUGUCCCAAGACAGCCACCUAAAUGUAUUGGCAAGGAAUCCUUGUUAGCAUCAGCAAAGAAUGGCUUGGCUGUAAAACUUCUGAGUAAAGGAAAGGAGGUUCCUCAGGAACCAGUUGUUGACAAUCAGAUGAACCGUCAAAAAGGGUGGGAAAGAAUGGUUCUCCAGAUAUUGUUUCUUGGACCAUCCAACCUGUUGGAACCUAAUGCUAGUUUUGCUCAAAUGUCACAAAAAUUGAUUGUAUCCCCUAUUGUGAAGACUCUAGUCUUCAGCAAGGUUCCUGAAAAGGUCAGGGAUUGGAUUGAUAGAAUUGCCCGGGACUGGAGAUUCAAGAGAAUCAUCCCUGCUCAUUUUGCUGCUCCAAUAAAUGCAGGCAGGUCUGAUUUCUUAGCCGCAUUUGCUUUCCUAGAUGACCUUUUGGGUGAGCGUGAAUUUACCUGGCCUUCACUUUCUCUUCUAUUCACAUCACUUAUGGGAAAGGCUGCCAGUUACUUCCCACCUGAUGACAUGAAGACCUUAUCCUCCCUCGAUCAAUUUUUAGUCUCAGUGGGAGCUGUGAAGAAGACAGUCUCGGGGAGGAAAAGAGCAGCAUGACAGAUAAAUUUAGCCACAAAAGUUUCACCAACCUAAACUUACAAAUACUUUUAUGUCAAUAGUUUGAUGGAUCAUCAUUGUAUUCUACGUUCAUAUUUGAAUAGAAAAAGCGUAUAGCUUUGAAUUUCGCUGCCAACAAGUGUUAUAUGUUCAGAUGUGAUGAUACCCAUAAGUUAAAAGAUAAAGCCGAAAAUUGAUUUCUUCUUCGAGUGAA